AUGGGCGGAUAUGCAGUCGGGAAUAACAUUUUCUGGAUUGCUCCAAUGCCUGGCAAGGAAUAUUGCCGUAUGCUAUGCCGCGUGGGCGACAACCAUCACGUGGGCCUUGACAGGAACCGUCACUCCGCCGAAAAGGUCUACGAUAAGCCCUUGCAUAGCCGACCGCGACUUACGCACUCACCUACUUCCCAAUUGGUAGCUUCAUUCUUCGACCAGGAUAGCUGUACGGAGGACGGUGCGCUGUACGAGCGACUCCUCAUUCUGAAGAAGAUCACAGAAUUUCUGAUGCUCGCUUUUGAUUCCGCUGAAGGACAAGCCAGCCUACGCGGUGGGUCUGACUGGAGACUGAAGACGUCUUACCGCAAAGAUCUGCCGUUUUCAAGGCUUUUGAAUGAUGCGAUGUGUUUGCCAUUGUUGAUUGGGGGGGGGGGGGGGGAGGGGGAAAUAUUCCUAGUCGACUCGAACAUAAUCAACUUUCCAAGGUUGGAAAUUUGCCAUAUACCGCGAAAUAAAUCAACCAGUGACUAUCUAAGAGCCCGUUCCAGCGCCUCAGCCUUCGAAGAAAAAACGCUGAAAUCUCCUCACCUCCUCAACUUCGAUCGUGGGGAUCACCGUAGUAGGGUCGGCGUAGACCGCAGUAGCGGUAAAGAGGGCGGCGAUGGCGACGCUGAGAAACUUUUUUUACGGCUCGAGUCGUUAGAAAAAAAGAACAAAGAGGAAAUCAUGUUCUGGAGCACAUCGCUUCGCUGCCCGCCUGGUAUGGUGCUCUGCAGAGGCCAAAUUGGCCAGCCAGUCUUGAGACUGAGAUCUCAGGAUCCAACGUCCGCGAGAAGCAAUUUCUCGGUUCUUGGUACCUUGGUCAGCAAAGCUGAAACGUUGUUGCAUAAGGCUGCGUCGGCCUGUGGUGAGGCCACCAUGCCGGGUAGUGAGGCCUCUCUAGUCGCUUUCCGGAAAAGAGGAUUUAACAUUUCCGGUGUAAUUGAGGACGUUUCCGGUGUAAUUGAGGACGUUUCCGGUGUAAAUGCCAUUCACUUAUGCUUCCAGGAAUCUAGUGGUAGCUUCUUUGCUCAUGAAUUUGGCCGCUCGCCGUUUGGGCAAUGCCCUUGGGUGUAUUAUGGCAGUAAAUCACGGACAAGAGAGCGCGGAGAGACCAUGUGUUGGGUUUGUUUCAUACUCUAG